AUGGGGCAGGAGGAGAGCCACAGCGAGGAGAUGAAUUUGGUGCAAAUUCAGGAUCUUUGCAUCAUUUUCAUGAAGGAGUGUCCGAGCGGGGCGCUGCACCUGCACGAGUUCAAGAGGAUCUUCGGGGUGCCGAGUUCCUCUGAAGAGGAGUCGCUUUACAUCGAGACGUUAUUCCACUCCUUCGACACAAAUCAGGAUAACGCUCUGGACUUCAUCGAGUAUGUGGCAGCUCUCAACUUAAUCUUAAGAGGGAAUAUCGAAGACCGACUAAAGUGGUCCUUCAAGUUGUACGACAAGGACGGGAACGGCAGGUUGGACCGACAUGAAGUGAAGCUCAUCAUAAAAAUUCUUCACAAAAUCAAAUUCCAGAAGACUAACGUCAGCAGCAUGACGCCGUCUCAAAUCUGUGACCGGAUCUUCGAGCUGGUCGACCAGAACGCUGACGGUCAGAUAACGCUGUCAGAGUUCAUGGAGGGGGCUCAGAAGGACGAGUGGCUGAUGAACCUGCUGAAGUUAGACGUAGAUGCCAAAGGUUGGGUCAUCCAGAACUGCGGGAAGACGUCCUGAUUCCUCACGUGUGGGUUCUCCGCCCACAAUAUAUGAUAUGAGGCUGUCACAGCUGCUGUCUGGGGUUUCGUCUCCGUGUCGAGCUUCUCGAGACUUUUGAAGCUGCACGGAUGCAGGUUUGCAGAGGUUUUAAACUCCGGUGCAGAGGUCCGAGUCCUCUCUGCAAACAUGUGCUGUGUCCUGAUGUUAAGCUAAUGUGGCUAACACAGAGCUAACACAGAGAACGCCGGCUGGGAAAUGCAGAACAGUCAAUUGUUGUGUAUUUAUAUUCCUGUUUAUUAUGUGUUUGUAUAUUAUUUUUGAUAGUGUAGUUGUCUCAGCAGAGGGGUGGGUAACUACAUUAACUAACAUACUGUAUAUAAGUAUAAUUUUGAGGUAGUUUGCUUAAGUAUUUCGAGUUUAAGCUAUUGCAUACUUACACUCCACUACAUUUUUGAAGCCAAUGUUGUACUUUUUAAUUCCUCUAUGUUUAUCUCGCAGCUUUGAACAGAUUCAGAUUACUAGCUAAUACAAAAUAUAAAUCAACUAAUAAAUCAACAUUGACAUAUCAAUCAGAAAUCCAUCAAAGUGAACAUAUACGGUGCAGAUAAAAGGUCAUACUAACAUAUUAGUAAAAAUAUAACAUAUUAAAUAAAGGCAAACACAUAAACAAAUCAUCAAAUAAGUUCAAAAUCUAAGGACAUGUUAAAAUAGUUAAAUUAUCAUAAUCUGCUCCACCUUUACCAGCGUGAUGACAACAUUAAUCCAUCAAUAAUUAUAACCCUGUUAUUUCAUAUAUAUGAUCCUGAAAUGGGAAAACAUGCAUACUUUUAAGUAUAUUGU